GUAACAAUAUAAUGGAAUACGAUUACAUCGGAGCUAUUAAAAUAAAAGAUGGGUUAUUUUUAGGAGAUCAAUUUGCCUCUUAAGUAUAGAAUUGAAUAAAGAUUAUAGGACUUAGAAUUUAUUGUAACUAAUAAGGUUUCCAGAAUAGUUAAUUGUGCUUCAAAACAAAUUCCAAAUCAUUGGGAAUCAAUAGGUAUAGUAUAUAUGUCAUUGCCAUGGAUUGAUAACGAUACUUAAGUAAAAUUUGAUAUAAUAAGGUUAUAUUUUAACAAGAGGAACUAAUAAAUUAAGUAAUUAAAUUUAUUGAUGAUGCAUUGAAUAAUGGAGAAAGUGUUAUUGUACAUUCAAUAAGAGGGCAUAAUAGAUCUAUAGCUGUUCUUUGUGUUUAUUUUAUGAAAAAGUAUAGAUGGACUUUAUAUAAAACUUUAUAAUUUAUGCACAGCAGACGGCCAGAUUUAGAAAUUAGAGCUAAUUUUUUUAAUUAACUGUUGGCAAUAGAAACCAAAUUCUAAAAAAAUGGUUUGGGAGCAAAAACUUAUAAUUGGGAAGAAGUAUAUACUUAAGGAGACCCAGAAGAAAUGGUUUUAAGAAAUACAUAUUUAAAUGCAUAACCUUAAGGAGUAGCAGAAUUUAAAGAUCAUGAUUAAAAACCAAAAACUUAAAAGUAAUUAAUUAAAUAAUUUAGAUUACGUUUUGCUGAAAAAAUCACAAUGUAUAUUCCACCUUAUGAAAAAAUAGUAUUUAAUAAAAAAAAACAAACUUAAGCUAUUGAAACUAAAUCUUGUUUGACUGGAAAGACAUUAUAAUAUGAAUAAUAAAUUUAAUAAUCUCCUCGUGCAACUACUAAUUUAAUGUCUUAGACUCAACCCUUAUAACCUAUUUAACCUGCUCAUUAAAGGCCUUCAUCAUAAGAUGUAAAGAAAGUUGUUGUUAAAAGUGAUAGUUCAAAAUUAUAAUAGUUACCUGAAGCUACUUGUAAGCUUUAACUUUAUUAUAGAAUCAUUAAAACCUAAGAAGUAACCAAAUAAUUAUAUGGAUUCAGGUGAUUAAUUUUUUUUACAAUCUUAACAAAAAAUCAAUUAGAAUUCUAAUUAAGGAGUAUUUUAGAAUGAAAGAAGACCUUAAACAGCCCCUAAUUAAUUAAGAGCACCUAGACUUCAGGUUACUCCAUAUAAAAAAAAUAGUACUGGUAAUUAAAAAUAAGAAUUAACUAUUUAACCAAAUGCAUAAUUUAAACCUAUUGGUAAUAGAUAAAGAGCUCAUUCACCAAAUGCAGUAUAUAAUGCAAAUCCUUAUGUGUAAAAAUAAUUUAAAACUAAGCCUUGGAAAAAAUGA